AUGCAAAAUAUACGCGCAACUCUCUAUAAAAACGUGGGAUUGUUUAGUACGCUUGUUAGAAGGAAAGAAGGAAGGAGAAAAUCACUUAUGAAGCAAGUUGAAGGUUCUGUUGCUCCUUUCAUUUAUAAUCCUCAUGUUCCGUUCCCAAAAACCAAAGAAAAGGGAAAGAAAAACUCACAAAAGUCUUUGAUGCCUGCUCAAAUGGAUGCAUCAUUAAGUAUUUAUGUAGCAAUAAUUCAAGGGACGAAAACUAAUAAAGUAACGAAAGAGACAUUAAGUUAUUUAGAUUUUUCAAAUACUCAUAAUCUUAGAUCAUCAUUUUUGAAGCCUCUCAAGACAUUUGAAAAUUUAAAAAUUUUAUCAUUAUCGAAUACAGGGCUCAAACGCGUUCCAGGAACGAUCCUUAAAAUGCAUGGAAGUCUAGAAUAUUUAGAUUUAUCAUUUAAUCGGAUAUCUGAAAUUGCAACAAAAUCAAAAUGGACAAACCUAAAAGGAUUGAAUUUUAGUCACAACAAUUUUGUAAGAUGGCCAGAUGCAAUCACUCCUUCAUUAAUGCCAAAACUGGAAUUCUUAGAUAUGUCUUUUAAUACUUUCUUUGCAACUCUACCCCAAGAAAUGACGUUUGAACAACUUAACCAUCUAAAUGUUGCAUACUGCUCAUUAAUAAAAUUCCCAAUUUUUAUUAGAAAUUUAUUAUCAUUAAAAUCAUUAGACAUCAGUGGAAACCCUGAAAUUAUGCACUUUACGCUCCGUGAAUUAGAACAAAUAUUAUCCCUUCAAGUGAUUAAUUUACAAGGAAUUACAAUAUUUACUACAGCAUCAACAGCGCAUUUCCCUCCUAAACUAAUUAUUACAAAAUACUGUCCAAAUUUCGAUUCUCCAGCAAUCGACAAUGUUUUGUUUAUCCAAUAA